AUGGCGCCUCAGCAGACGGACAUCGAUCUAUACACGAGCGGAACGCCCAAUGGCCAGAAGAUCAGCUGUACGCUCGAGGAACUCGGCUUGAAGUAUACAGUGCACAAUGUCGAGAUCUCGAAGAACAUCCAGAAGGAGCCGUGGUUCCUGGAGAUCAACCCAAACGGCCGCAUCCCAGCCAUCGUAGACAAGACCUCUGGGAAGCCCAAGCGAGUCUUCGAAGGCGCAGCCAUCCAGCUCUACCUCUGCGAGAAAUACGACAAAGACCAUGCCAUCAGCUUCCCGUACGACAGCGACGAGUACUGGGGGAUGGUCGAAUGGCUCGUCUGGAUGCAGUCGGGUAUAGGCCCGAUGCAAGGGCAAGCAAACCACUUCUACCGCUACGCCCCGACCAAAAUCGAUUACGCGAUUAAUAGGUACCAGACCGAAACCAAACGCCUCUACACCGUCCUCAACGACCGUCUCGCCGCGCAGCAAUCCGCUAAGCAAGGCCUCUGGCUGGUAGGAGGCAAGUACACGAUCGCGGACCUCUGCUGCUUCGCCUGGGUCAACUGGGCCGAAUGGGCCGGCAUCGAGACGAAACCUUUUCCGCAGCUGCAGAAGUGGUUGGAGGUGAUUCAGCAGAGGGCGGCGGUGGGGAGAGGCGUAGAUGUGCCGGAGAAGUUUGAGAUGAAGGAGAAGAUGAAGACGAAGGAGGGGGAGGAGGAGUAUGCGCGGUAUCAUUCGAGGUGGGUGAUGCAGGGGAUGAAGGAGGAGGGGGAGAAGCAUCAGUGA